AGGCGAGAGAAAGCGAGAAGAGUGAGGCUUCACUAGUUGCGCUGCUGGAAUCCGGAUAUGAUGAAAAUGUUUUAGACCUGAAGUGUCCCGAGUAAACUUACCGCAACUGCGCGCCGAAAGCGUCAAGGAGGAUCAUGUUUUCGACUUUUUGUACGUCAAAAAAACCAGCUGGAAUAUCUUGGACUACGACCGUCGAACAGUUAGAGUAGGAGGAAACUGUCGGGUGUGAAAGUUGUCUUUAAUUUUCCCCCCCUUAACGUUUUGAGGAACGAGUUGAAGGAGGGAAAGAAGGAUGGGAAUAAGUCACAUUUGAACUGAAAGUGAGAGAGUUGUCAUGUUUGAAAGGACUGGGGGCUGAGGAAAAGAAGGGAGGAACUACUUCUGCUGGUGGUGGUUUAUAAUUUUUUUUCUCCCUUCGAAGAGGACGACUGUCUCAUGUCCAAGGAGACUGUCCAUCCAUCAGAAGGGCCGGCGGGUCCAGGACAGGGCCCACGGCUAGAAACAAGUCCCCUGCUGUUAGCGUCACACGAUGCUUGUGACAGUGAAUCAUCAGGAAGCGCGCCUUCUCCUAGGAAACAAUCCACUGAAGGACAAAGUCACGUGACGGAGGAGAAGCCUAAUUAUUGCAAGCCUGUGAGGACCCAGCUGCGGUCCGAGUCUGAUCUGAAACCAGCGCCUUCUGAGGAGGCAGAGCGAGAGACUGCCAAGGACCAAAAUGGCUUUCCCCACAACAGCUCCGGCACGCCCGCAGCGACGAACGCCAACGGAAUCCACUCCGGUGUUGGCACCCCCGAGGGCACGAGGACGUGCACCUGCGGCGCCGGCGUUGGGGCGAACGUGGCGGGCAGGUCGGGCCCCGGGAACGCAACAGCAACGCCACAGACAGAGCAGCCCAGGAGGCAGCCGUCCACGCCUGUGUCUCACAGGGUGCAGAGGAAGCUGAAGUCCAGCUUGUCGGUCAACAGUGACAGCAGCAGACGGAGCAAAGGCAGCUCCACGGGCUCGCAGAAACCUCCUUUACCAGAGGAUUGCUGCGUUCACUGCAUCCUUGCCUGUCUCUUCUGCGAGUUCCUGACGCUCUGCAACAUGGUGGUGGCCCAGGCCUCCUGCGGCGCGUGCACCUCCGAGGCCUGCUGCUGUUGCUGCUGCGCCGACGACAUGGGCGACGACUGCAACUGCCCCUGUGACAUGGACUGUGGCAUCAUGGACGCCUGCUGCGAGUCGUCGGAUUGCCUGGAAAUCUGCAUGGAGUGCUGCGGCAUCUGCUUCCCCACAUAGGUUUGCUGGGGCCUCCGUGGCGUGGAAUAUAAACCUGUGCAUCCCAAUAUAUAAAUCAUCAAAAAGUUCAUUUACUUUGAUCAUUCGAAUAAAAGCGCAACAGUUGUCAGAUCCAUUACGCAAACACUGAUAUAGUUCUAGCUGCUUUUUGUUAUUGUUUAGCGCAAGCAGAAAAAUUCUGUUUACUGGAACAUCAGACUUGCAUACGAUCAACAAAUAAUAGGCAGCAAUUCCAUUUAAUAGUGUUAUCAAUUAACAAUAUUGACUCUAACAACAGAGUGUUGAGUCAAUGUGGAUAAAUAGAAGGUUCAGUGGAAGGAAAAAGUGUGAUAGAAAAAUGGACACAGCACUCAUCAAUCUUGAGAGGAUUACAUGGGCCCACAAUACCAGCUUUUUUUUUUCCUUUUCUUUUUUUUUUUAUUGAUGCAUAAGUGCAACAUAGCAUGGAACCAUGUCGAUGUCGAUGUGAAAAAACUCAGAUUGUUUUAAUAAAAAUGUAAAAAAAAAGAUUGUUUUAAUAGUGACCCCCCAACUCUUCUGCAUGGUUAGCUCUGGUCUUUCUAAUUCACAUCUUGACUUUACCCCUUAGAUUCUUUUAAGGAUUUAGAGUACUUUUCUAAAUAAUCAAACAGUUACACCAGGGUCACUCGACCCAGUUUUGGUUUCUUUCCUGUUAUGUGCAGGUGUCAAAUCCCACUGAAAAAUAAAAUGGACGCCCACAAAAAGCUUGUCAGCAGAGAGAACCUUAAAUCGACUUUGCUUCAUAAUCUCUUCAAGAGCAAGAUUGUCCAUUUUACUUGCAUCGUUGUUCUACCACACUUUUUCCUUCCACUCAACUUCCAAUAAAAAAUUGUUGAGUAUAGCAUCAUGUGAACAAAGAGACUCUUUGGGGUUCAAAGGACAGAAAUAAAUAACUGAAAUAUAUCACUCUGUUUGUAAUCAGUCUUUAUAGUGAGUUUCAUCUUGAAUUACAGUUAUAAAUGAACUUUUGGAUGAUAUUCUACUGUAUUAAGAUGCACGUCUCAUGGAACUGCUACCUUUGAAUUCAGCAGAAACAGGGAGGUGUGUGUGAAGGAGUUGGACACUGGGCUCAACACAAUAAACAGCCCAGCAAAGACUACAAAUAAUUCACAUUUAUGAAUGUGUCAUGCUUUGUUAGUAUGUUAACUAGUACAGAAAAGCAUUAUCAUAGGCAGACUUCAAGCAUUUCAUUGUUACAUAAAGAUUGCCGUUCAGUUACAUCUUUUUAUGCCUCUGUUUAGUCUUAUUGGUGAUCUAAAUGCAUUUUGAAGAUCUUGUUUCUGUUUUAUUUUUUAUGCCAAAAGUUGCGAUUUUAGUCCAGUCAACACUGUAAACAUAAGGGUUUGUGAUGGUGAAUACAUUCCUCAUUUCAUACUGUAGCCUUGUGGAUUUCAUUAAAACAUUAUCUACUGUAUAGCAGAUGAAACUGGUGAAAAUUUUAAGUGUUUCACGACACUUUUCUGCUACCUUCUGACACAAAACCUAAGGGUGUGAUCUGGAAUAAUUGCAUUUGCAUUUCUAUUUUGAGCAUUGGGGGGGGGAAGAUAGUGGAAUGAGCAGCACAAAAUUGUUAAUAAGCUUCGCAAAAAUUAUACAAAGUGCUGGAAUAAUUUUUUUUUUUCUCUGAAGAAUCUCAUCUCACAUCAGAUUUGCAAACAUUGGAAGACUGUUUUACUGGAAAAAGAAGCACUUUUUAAAAAAUAAUCAUUAAAGAGUCUGACCAACAGAAUAUUACUCUGUACUGAUAUAUACAUGUUCAGCCUUUGUUUUCCUAUGUUAGCCUGUAACAAACCUGUUUUGUCACUUGCAUAUGGUACAACUUUUUUUCACAAUGUGUUUGUUUUUGCAAUGCAUUCUGCAUAAAUAUCAAAAAUCACAGAUGACUAGAGUUGCCACUUGAGCAGCUUUUGGUUCUCCAGUCAUAUGAGAAUCAAGUGUCACAAUAAAAUAGUAAACUACUGCAGAGUUAAGCAGUACUCCUCUAUUUUCUUCUCUGUAUCUCAUGAUGAGUUUAUAGUGAGUCACCAGCAGAGCCAUUUCCUGUCUUGGAGAUCCGCUUUGAUGUUGUUUAAGUGAUGACGCUUAACGCCGGCCCUCAUUAGCACUGCUUACUAAACGGUCACAAGAAAUGUCCCUUUUUAACGCCAUCAAAGAUGAUGUGCCGUCGUGCACGGCUCGUCUUAGCAGCUCAGUGUUAUGAGUACACUGGGGGUCGGAUGUGCCCCUCUUCGGUGGAUAAUCUGCGGGAAGUAAACCUCGUUUUCAUGUUUGUGACGAGCCCAAACUGCAAAUGUGUUACGGGCUACAGAGUGUCAAGAAAACACGACUUAGAAAAUGUGAAGAAUUCAUGUAACAGAAGAAACCUGGUGAUAUGAUGAAUUGUUGUAGUACAUCUCUGUUAUUUUGAUGCCUUUUGUUUGUGCAUUUCAUCCUUGUGUCAUUUUUUAGUUUAAUAGUUUUUCACAUCCUUUGAUAACAAGGAGAUGGUGACAGAAGGAAGGGCAUGGCGAUUUAAGUUGGAAGUUGCCUUACACAAACAUCCCCAAUGUGAUUUACUGUUUUUGUAUGAGCAACGAUGCUAAAUUUGAAAAUUUCUAACACUUUUUUUUUAUUCUGCAAACUGUUGUGACAGGAAAAAAGUAGCAGUUGGAAAUAUAGGCAACUCCAAAGCAUGACAUGUCCACUUCUGUGCAUCACAGGUAAUGGGAUGCUUAUUGAUGUAAAAUGAGUUGUCAACUGUGCCAAACACCGCCAUUUUGAGUCAUUUGGCUCAUUUGUCUGAGCUUAUUCAACAAAGAAGGCUUUUGCCAAACUGUUCCAGUUUGCUAUGGGAACUUUAUAUAUUUUUCAGGCAAAGGGAAAAUAAGCAAUUCUUCUCUAAUAAUGGGGACGCAUUUACCUUAAAACCCAACAAUCACCACAUGCAAGAAAAAUGGCAAAACCCUUCUGUUUUUAGCCCUAAUUGCAGAGCAGGCCUUUUUGUUUCUUUUAUUCUGCAAACUGUAGUUUGGCUUGGCAACACCAUGUGCCAAUUUGGUCUUAACAUGCUUUUCAACCAGACAGACAUUUCAGCAAACAUCAAGUGGAUAAACUCCAAAACAAGACUGUAGGGUUCUUACAUUAAGAUAUCCCUGCGCUUCAAAUAAAUUCAUUAUUUCAGUCAAUGUCUGUAUUAUGCCAAUGUCCUACAUUAGAAAUAAAAACUUUUCUUAUUUUGCUCUUUAGAUGCCGUUUACUCCAUUUUUAUUGGUUCCUCGUGAGAUUGCCUCCCACAGUCCUCCUGUUAUCUCUGGGAGAAUCCUAACAUCAACAUGGGUACAUGCCACACAACAUUCUCUGAGGUCUUAGACCUCCUGCUGGUCGGGACAGCAGCCUGACCUUUACCCAACAUUACCUCCUAUUAACCCCUCAAUUAACCUUGAGGCCAGGCCCUCUGGUGGAGAAUCUGCACUUUCUAUCCUCUCUUUAUUUUUGCCUCAUCACUUUAUGCCCAGAUUCGCCCUGACCCCCGAAAAUUGCCGUCUUAUUUCCCUAAUGCGGUAGG